CACCGCCACGAAAUCAAGCACCUUUUAGUAGGAGUGGUUAGAAUUAGCGAAUCGUGUUGUGAUCGUGAAACAGACGGCAUUUUUUUCGAUCGGGAAGCGUGAUUGCAUGUUCAGAUUUAUUUUGAUAGUGUCGUAAUGGGUUGUUAGCUAAGGUCGUUUUGGUUACGAGUAGUAAAACGUGAUUGAAGUGACAACUACAGUACAAGCGUGAAAGUGAAUUAUUUCAGCACCCAUCAGAGAUGUAUUCCAAGAACGUGAGGAGGAUCCUGUUGAUUGCUCUAUUGUCGGUUGUCGUUGUUGAUUGUCAGCAAUAUACCAGAGUGAAAUCCGUGUCAUCGUCGGAGCUGAGCAAUAAUGAGAAGAAGACGCCUACAGCUGAUCAAGAAGGAGGCAGAACAGUUGGAUCUACAGGGAUCUCCGCCCGCUCGAUCGACCAGUUCACCAAUGAGGUUCCGGUUUCGGAUAGCAAAAUCAUCAAACUGUCGAUUAUAAAAACAGAGCCACGGGUUAUAUCCGGGUCUCGAGAAGCUCGGAAUUUGGGAUCGUCUGCUGACGCUUCGUUCAAUGCUAUCCGCGGAGGAUUGAACAAUGAAUUGACUAAUGUUGAUCUUAAGAUGCCAGUGGAUUCACCUACAUCCGUUGCAAAAGACAGCUAUGGAAAUCCAGUGACCCCUUACACGGACCUUGCAUCGACUAAUUUGGAAUCGGUUGGCUUUCAGACUGACAUCAACAGGGAAGCUGCUCAGGGUAGUAGUGCUAAUCAUGUAGGAAAUCUCAACUUUAAAGUACCCAGCUAUGCCUCCGGCAUUAUUGAACCUAUAUCGGUGCCAUCAACAAAUUUAAAUAACGGCUUACCGGUUCAAGAUCGACACAUUCCACAUGAUAUAACAACUCCUGCAUCUUCGAGCACAGUUUUUCAAUUUGUACCCAAUGCAAAGUUUCCAACUGUUGAAGAAGGUAAAAUUCUAUUCGCUCAAAAGCCUUUGAAUGGGUUGCUUCCACCACUGUUUCCAGGUGAGAAAACACCGACAUAUAAUGUUGAAGUAGGAACAGAGCGCUCUCCGUUUCUAACAAAAGACCCAUUCAGCAGUUCCAAACCUGAUGCUGCACUAAGACCACCUCAAGAGAAUGCACCAAUCGAUUUUAAUCAAGGUGCUCAAAAACCAUUCCCUUCUUCUACUGGACCAAUUAAAACGCCGCAGAUAAUUCAAGUACCUCCUCAACAGACACCACAAACCUUUCAAAGUCAUUUGAAACCUCAAAUCACAUCACAACCGACGCAAGCUCCAACUCAAAAGUACACAGGAAGCUUUGGAGGAGCACCCGGUUUCCUAGGCAACCAGCAGAAUCUAGGAACUGCUUACAAAUCGACCACCUCCGUACCAUCUAUUAUGCAAAAACCUGUUUCUUUCCAGCCUCCUCUACCUCCAUUCAAUCCUCCGAUUCAAAUACCUACAAUAAUUAAUCAACCUGCUCCCUUCCAACCACCCCCACCACAGCCCACUUUUGUUCAGAAUCCUCAACCCACUAAAGCACCAGGGUCUACAUACACAGGUGGAUUUGGAUUCGCUAAUCAAAAUCCACAGCCGCAGAAACCCCGUCCAACCAUUCAAAGCUUUCCUCAGCAACCUAAUGCACCAGGUGGUUCUGGCUUCAACGUAAUUAGCAACCCGCAACAGGGACAAACACUACCGACGACACAGCGACCGGGUCAGUACGUAGGAAACAAAUUCUCAGGUAGUUUCGGUGGGGCUCCUGGUUUACUGGGUAACCAGAAGCAACCGGGAACACAUGUAAAACCUGACGGUACAAUUUUACCUCCCUCUUCACCGGUACUGGCGGUCAGUAGUUCCCCGGUCGUCAAUGGUCCGGUAGCAACGAAACCAGUCAGUAGUGGCGGUGCCUUUACCGGAAGCUUUGGAGGACCACCUGGAAUACUGCGCCCAUUCGACAACGUGAAGAAUGGUUGAGAGAUCAAUAGACUCGGGAGCGCUAUGUCUUUUGAGGUUACCAUGAUAGUAUUUUUGAGAAGACGUGAAUGAAAUUAACUUCUCGAUCGAUUUGAUGUUGAAUAGAAUAAGAAGGGUUAAGACUUUCGAAUGAUGCGUCGAAACCAAGCUGCAUUUUUAUUGACUAAUUUAAAAUCAAAUUGAUUAAAAUAAAUUAUUUCUAGAUUAAGCUUA